AUGCUCGGAGUAACGCCGGAAAAUUCAAAACUGCAAAAUACUGUGGUGUUUGCACCCGUUUUUCGUGUCUCCUUGGCGAUGGACAUCCGGCUUCCCUAUUACCGACUUUACUAUAUAUAGCUCCGACGUUAAUUUAGCAAUCAGUAAUCACAACCUAUUGUUCUCUGCCUUGAUAAAAGCUUGUCCUUUCUGCAGCAACAACAAAUCCACUUUCAAUUCUGCAGCCGCUACCAUGAAAUCUACCUUAGUAUUCCUUGCAUUGGCCGGCCUUGUUGCCGUUAUGCAUGCUCAUCCUUCCCAAAUGCAACAAGGACCUCCCCAACAACAAGGUGGCCAACAAGGAAACCAACAAGGAGGUCAACAAAGACCUCCCCAGCAAGGCGGGCAACAAAGCCAACAAGGUGGUAUGCAAGGAUCUCCUCAACAAGGCGGUCAACAAGGCGGUCAGCAAGGCGGUCAGCAAGGACCUCCCCAACAAGGUGGUCAACAAGGCGGUCAGCAGGGACCUUCCCAACAAGGCGGUCAGCAAGGACCUCCCCAGCAAGGCGGGCAACAAAGCCAACAAGGUGGUAUGCAAGGACCUCCUCAACAAGGCGGUCAGCAGGGACCUCCCCAACAAGGCGGUCAGCAAGGACCUCCCCAGCAAGGCGGGCAACAAAGCCAACAAGGUGGUAUGCAAGGACCUCCUCAACAAGGCGGUCAACAAGGCGGUCAGCAGGGACCUCCCCAACAAGGAGGUAUGCAAGGACCUCCCCAACAAGGAGGCCAACAACAAGGCCAACAAGGUGGUCAGCAACAACAAGGUGGUCAGCAAGGACCUCCCCAACAAGGUGGUCAGCAACAAGGUGGUCAGCAACAACAAGGCCAACAAGGCGGCCAGCAAGGACCUCCCCAACAAGGCGGCCAGCAAGGACCUCCCCAACAAGGAGGCCAACAACAAGGCCAACAAGGUGGUCAGCAACAACAAGGUGGUCAGCAAGGACCUCCCCAACAAGGUGGCCAGCAACAAGGUGGUCAGCAACAAGGUGGUCAGCAACAACAAGGCCAACAAGGCGGCCAGCAAGGACCUCCCCAACAAGGCGGCCAGCAAGGACCUCCCCAACAAGGAGGCCAACAACAAGGCCAACAAGGUGGUCAGCAACAACAAGGUGGUCAGCAAGGACCUCCCCAACAAGGUGGCCAGCAACAAGGUGGUCAGCAACAACAAGGCCAACAAGCUGGUCAGCAAGGACCUCCUCAGUAUGCGCCCUUCAGUAACUAAACUUACUGACGUUCUCCAUAUUUCUUCCUUUCUAGCUAAUGACUAUAACGAAGAAUUCGUUAGAGCAGCGUAUGGCAUUUUUAGCCAUUAUAAUAUUCAUUUUAUUAAACUUGUGGUCUGCCUUUAGCAUUUAGCGAUCUGAAUGGCUUACUUGUUAGGCUCUGCGUGUCGUGGCGUCCAGGUGAAGCAAUGGAUGCUGUAUGUUUGCAAUAUAGUAUGCGUUCGGCGAUACUGCCGUUGAGCAAAAGCGAAAGCUCAUGUUG